AUGAAACAUGAUAACCUGCUACUGCAUAACCUGCCCCAACACUACCAAGAAAAUUAGAGACCUGAGGUCCUAUCAAGAACAUUCAAUUUGAAUGUAGCACUAACUCCAUUUCAAAUUCCUUGCUUGUCCGACUAUCUCAAGACAAAUGAUCAGACCUCUGUGUGCAAUGCUUCUCUUUUAUGUCCAAGAUAUAAAGAGUUCAGGAAAUUCCUCCAUUGCUGCCAGCUUCACUGAGGAGCAGAAAGGAAGCAUGGAGGACUUGAUCUACAUGUACUGCCAGAAGACAACUGAGCAAGGGAAAAGGAUCUCAUAUCAUUGUGCCUGCCAUUCUCCCCCUCUUACCCCUACCCUGCACACAUUUCCAGGUACACCAUGUUCCCAAACUUCAGAUCACUUGAGGGUUGAGACGCUGGGAUCAAUUCAAGCAGUCAUCAACCUUACCAUACCAGUAUCUCUAGCAAUUUUGACCUGGUUGUUCUGAGGAAGACCAGAGAGCUCAAAUAUAACUUUUCUCCAGUUAAAACCAAUAUGCUACAAAAUACUGAAAGGGCUCUGAAGAUCACAACAUACAGUCAGGUCUUCACAGGGCAAAACACUUCUGCUGGUCUGUCACAAGUGACACCUCCUGAAGGGUGCACUGCAUGCUUACUUCAAGGUGAACAUCCCCAUUAAUCAAUUCUGCAAAAACAAUACUCCUUCAGAAGCCUUCACCUGUACUCAGCAUUCCCACUGUUGUCACCAGCUACUAAGGCAUUGUAGAGGUGGCAGCUUUCAGGAAGGCCCAAAUUUGAAACCCUUCCAAAAUCUGCAUGUUCACUUUCCUAUGAAGACUUCAAGCCCAGAUAUUUGGAUCAACAUACAAUAUUGAAAAACCCAGUUAGCCUAAGUAAGCCAAGCUUACCACUGGCUGUAAAGCAUGAAGAAAGUGAAAUUUUGUUGCACAGACUUUGCCAUAAAGAAAUAUGUCUGCCUGCAUGGAGACCAGAGGAUGGGCCAAGAGAGAUAACACUGCCGGAAUGGAUCCCCAGCUGUGAAGUUCCCCAGCUCCAGAGGCUGAUGGAGCUGCAGCAUUCCCUCUCUAUGACAGCAGCACAAAAACAUGGACGUGAUUCUGUAAAAGGAGAGAGAGAAAAUCCUCACAGAUAA